AGCAGCACCCCCGGCCGCCAGCAUGCCCGGGCUGCCCGCACAGGGCGGCGCCGGCGCCGGCGCCGGCGCGCGGAGGGAGCGCGGGCCGCCGCGGAGGCGCGCGGAGGGCGCCCCUGAGCUCACAGAGGGGCCCCGCGGUGCAUUGUGCUGCGUUGUGCUGCGCGGUGUUGCGUUGUGCUGCGGGGCAGUGCGCUGCUUUGCGCUGCGGUGCGGUGCUUUGCGCUGCGGUGCAGUGCAGUGCGGUGCAGUGCGGUGCGGUGCUUUCCGCUGCGGUGCGGUGCUUUCCGCUGCGGUGCGUUGUGCCGCGCCGCGCCCCGCAGACGCCGCUCCGCGCGCGCGUUGCUCGAGGGCGCCGGCGGGGGGCGGCUGCUGGCGACGGGCAGCAUGGUGCGAGCGCGGGGGGCGUCCGGCCCCGGGCGUCGCCUGCUGCUGCUGCUCGGCCUCCUGGCGGCCCUGCGUGCCCGGGACAGCCGGGCUGCUCCGCGGGCAGCGCCGGGCCCAGGCAGUGGUCUUCCAGCUUCUCAGCUGAAUCUGGUUGUUGAGCAUCAGGGGGAUGCCAGGGACGAGGCUGUGGUUAAUGGUUAUUCCGGUUCUCACCUGGAUCCCGUUGCUGAGGCUCGGGGUCUUCCCAGGGUUGUACAUCAUGCUUCCUCUUCAGGUGGUCCAAGAGUUGUUGAGCCUCGCAGGGGUGCCAGGGGCGAUGGCUACCGAACUUUUCAGCGGUAUCCAGUUCUCGUGCCUCGCGAGGAUCCCCGGGCUGUGGCCGUAGGGGAUGGAGAUCCCUCUUCUGCUCUGGAGCCUGGCCUGGAGACUCCGAGACAUCAUGGAGGUGUUCCUAUAGGCAGCGGCCUCCCAGCUUCUCAUCUGGAUGCCAUUGUUGUGCCUCAGGGGCAUGCCAGGGUGCUUCCAAGCAUGUCACAGCCUGGAGAAGCCCCCCGCGGCAGGAAAUACGCCUUUUUUCCAACACGCCAAGAGAAGCGGUACCAGCUAAUCUUGCCGCUGCCUCCGACAGACAAGAGCCCAGUAUGGAGGAAGGAAGAGCAAAGCCCGGAAGCAAAAGAAAAAAGGAUGAGUUUACUAUAGAAAAUGAAAAUCUCAACAACAGCUCCAGUCAACUUCCGAUGCCUGUUCCAAACAGAAUAAUAAAAUACGUGUACAUAUUCCGAAGAGAAUAAAAAACCUGUUGGGCUAAAAUGUUGCAA